CAGCACUAACGUUUGGCUCACAUUGGCUAGGAGCUACAACCAACAUACAUACAGAGACCGAAGCUUUUGGUCUAGAGCUGUCAUUGAAAUUUCCGAUUAAGUUGUGACUGCAUUUCAUUGCCAUUCUGCAAGAGGCAUACAUGUACGACAAGGAGCUAGUCACUAAUCAACCAAUCAGGUAGCAAGCAACAGCUCCAUGUAGUCAGCCAUGCUGCGCUGUAAUGUUUCCCAUCACCAUGGCAGCAAGAUGACUCUGUUAGUCCGGUUGCCAAGCAACAAGGGGUAAUUGCCAGUUCUUGUAAGGAGGCAUGGGUUGCUUCAUUUCCAGAUCAAAUGCCACUUCUCCUUGUCCAUCAGAUGUUAACAUUGAAGACAACGUGGUGAGCCAAGAGAAAAUAGUACCGGCAGAUAUUGAAGAGACACGUCCAGAGAGUGAAAAGAGAAAGAGCCAACCAGAGAGCACUAGAUCAGCAAGCUUGAAGGACAUCAAGAGAAGUAGUCAGUCAGGAAGCACAACAUCAGCUAGUCCAAAGACUUCACAGAGAAAGAGCCAAAUAAUAAGCCCCUCACAAACAAGCGAUCCGAUGGCUUCAGAAAGUACAGUUCAACCCGAAGUCCCUCGAUGGCUCCCAGAGCUAGAGAGGACGAAGGAGGGACACUUGGUACCCCAGGAGGUUCCCAAAUGUGAUGCUGGUGAGGACUUUGUAUCAGCCCAUGAGAUGUACAACUCAUUAAACGAUGGCCAGAGAGCUCCAUAUCUACAUGAUCCACAGUACAUGCUUAUUCUUGAUGUGAGGGACAGAGGUGACUACAAUGAAUCCCAUAUUACCACUGCUCGACACAGUACUGCUGUUGAUACGGAAUAUGACUGUCUCCUAAGUCAAGGAAAGGUUGAUAAGUUCACUAUGGUCAUUGUCUACGACCAAGGCAGUACAACUGUGACUGUUGACCCAACAUUAGCCAGCUUUGUUCAGAGAUUGAAAGAUGCCAAUGUUGAUGUUCUGAUCCUGAGUGGGGGCUAUGACACUUUCCACAAGACUUAUCCAUUCUUAUGCAACAACUUGACCAUUCGGUCAGAGCAAGACCGUAGGCAGAACUUCAGUUCAUACCCCUCUGUUGUCCUGGAGGAUAUUCUUUACCAGGGCAACGUGAAGCACUCCAAAAAUGAGACAGUCCUCAAGAACUUGAAGAUCACGCACAUCCUCAACGUGUCAAUGGAAUGCCAGAAUGCCUUUCCGAAGAGCUUUGAGUAUCUUCAAGUUAAAGUAGAAGAUGAGUCUACCGAGCAGUUAAGUCCACAUCUAGAAAGAGCAGCAAAGUUCAUAGCAGGUGCUAUCAAUGGGGGUGGUCGGGUCCUUGUUCACUGUGUCCAGGGUAAGAGUCGCAGUUCAACCUGUACCAUAGCAUUCCUCAUGUCCUACAGAGGUUGGACAUUGAAAGAUGCCCAUGAGUACCUGAAGGAUCGUCGAUCGAUUGCUGCUCCCAACAGAGGGUUUCUUAUCCAGCUCUCCAAGUUUGAAGAAUCCAUCUUUGGGAAAGUUAUUUCCUCGGUAGAUGACUUGUAUUUUUGAUCAAUUCUUGUAUCCUUGCUGAUAUAGAUAAUAAUAAUCACCUUUGAAGUUAGCUUGACCUACAUGUAAAAAAUGUUUGAUUGAGUAUGGUGUUGUGUUAGGUUGAUGAUUUUUGUGACUUCAACUUUAACUCUCUGAACCCUAAAUUAUUGGGGGUGGCCGUGACCCAUAUCCUGAAUAUUUGCAUGUAUCAUCCACAUUCACAAACUCCCAAGAUUCAAGCUCCAACGGCAUCUUCUCCCCGCUAGUACCCCGACCGGGCCGGCUGAAGUUGUUUAGCUCCUCGCAGACCUACAUUAGCCUGCAGACAGAAAUAUCAACUUAUCUGUUUUUGGCUUAAAAUCACUGUUUUGACUAAAGUCAGAUUUAUCAAUAGCUUCCCCAUAGUCAGCAUGUGACUCGCCGCGUAUUAUAUCGUGUAUUACCAAACAUGCCACACGAGUCAUCGCAGAAGACCUGAAAUCAAUACCAAUCUUGACUGAAGUUAUUGACUAAAUAUCCGUACAUGUACUAGAAAAAUGACAUCAUUUUUAAAAGAUCAUCUGACAUUUAGAACUCAUAUUUUUUAAGGCACAUGGUAUGCGCAUUCACUGAUAGGCCGGUAUCGGGUUCAAAGGGUUAAAUCAGAAACAUGGGGUCGUAGAUUUUAUUGGGUGCUCCAGACUGAAAAUAUUAAGGUUUACUAAAGGGAGUUACAAUAGGCAUACAUGUAAAUAAAAAAGCAAAGUAGCAAAAAGGACACAAAGCUUUGUGUCUUUAAACAGUUGCAUACAUGUCAUGAAUAUGCAGUCAGCUGAUGUUGUCACAUCUCCAUUUUAUAUCCUUUUUUCAUUUCAUUUUUUGAAAUUUCAUUUAUUUCAUUGUUUUUCAUACAUGUUGAUUUUGAAACUACAGCACAUUGAAAAUGAUAUUGCACAUUGAAUCAGUAAUAAUUAGUCCUAUGAAUUCUACAUUUCCAGAACAGAAAAAAAGAAUAAGAUGAAGCACGUAAAUAAAAAGUAGUGCUGUGACAUCAUUAGAUCACUCUUUGCUUUUUCAUGAUAUGCAUAUAAAAACAUUUUUUUUCAUUUGAAAAGAUUUGGAAUUCGUAAAUAACCUGAAUUUUGUUCAAUACAUGGUAUCUUUUGUAAUACGUGUAUGCAUGAUUAUGUUAGUGCUAUUAAGUCCAUAACCUUUACAUGUUUUUCAAAAGUGCUUUCAAAUGUCUUUUCAUUUUCUUUUAUUUUUACAUCUUUAAAAGUAUGAAAUUAAAAGGAAUGCAUGAAAACUAUGGAAGCGCCGUGGUGUAGCGUUUUUUACUCUCGCCUUGUAAUCAGAGGGUCGUGUGUUCGAAUCCCACCAUGGCCUAGCACCCUUUGGCAAGGCAUCAAUCCACACUUUGCCACUCUCACCCAGGUGCUAAUUGGGUACCGGUAGGAAACCACCGUCAUUGUAGUUGGUUUAGCAAGUUUGCACCUAACAGGCUGCUUAGAAUGCUAUGAAUCCAAUGACCAGGUAAUAAUAAUUUUGAAGCGCUUUUAACAGUCAUAGAUUGAUAAAGCACUAUACAUGUAUAAAUGCCAAUUAUUAUUAUUAUUUUUAACUAUGAAUAUAUCAAUGUAUUCCAUUUUGAAACACUACCGUGGGCUAACACGUUGGCUCGAUUUCAUGAAUCAUUCCAAAUAUUUACGUGUAUGAGAGUUUUAUGAAACUCAAUUGAGUAUUUAUUGUAUGUCACUGAAAACAUCAUGUUUAUGUAAGAUGAAAUGGUGCAAUUUCACAAUAUUAUCUUUACAAACAUAAUUUUGAAAAGUCUUGUAAGAUAUGUAAAGAAAGGAAUGUGGAAACAAUUUUAAUACACAUGAUUUCCCAUUCAGCUCUACAAAUUUUACCAGAAAAGCUCUGAAUAAAUGCUCUUUUGUGUACUAUUUAUUGAAAAUACAUAGUAUCACAAGUCCACUUUGGAUGAUCAUGUUCAUAUACAGAUUUGUAUUGUUCUUGAAGUGACAAUCUAAUUAUGGAAUUACAUGUACAUAUUAUCAGUAUUUGAAAUGUAGGUUUUCAUGAUGUAUAUUACAUUGCAAAUAUUAAAUGUUUCCUACUUUUGUACGCGCUAUGGUACUUUUUGUUUUUAGCG